GUCGUCAUCCUCAUCAUCUAAGAAGAGAGGUCCUACCCGAGGUUCAGAAUUACAUGAGAGGACUUCAGUGAAAAGGGUCAUUGGGAUUAAUGAAUUUGGGCAACCGAAUAUAGGGGAUGCAAAUCAGAUCGCAUUCAAUUCAAGCAUUGGUGUUCUCACCCGUGCACACAUUCCGAUCACCUACACAGACUUUCGGUUGGUGCCUCCACAGUACAUUCAGAGGGUCAGUGAUAUCCUGGCGUGUAGUUAUGAAUUUCAGGAUAACCAAGAAGCAUGGUCACCAUAUGUUCGUGAUCGCUUAAGGCUGCUUGGAGAAAUUUCAAAAACACUUUGCAUGCAAAGUAUAUUAAGGACAAGGAUCCUACAGUUGUGAAAUCGUAUCCUGCCCCUAUUGGUGUCCCUAUUGAGGAUUGGAUGAUCUUCGUGGAUUAUUGCAAUACUGAUAAAUUCAAGGAAUCAAGUGUAAGAAAUGCAUCCAAUCGGGCUAAACAAGUUGGCCCUUCUACACUUGGUCGGCGUAGCAUGGCUGCCAUACAUCAUGAGAUGGCAAUUGAGAGGAAUCUUACUACUGAUGCCGAGGUUGGUAGGGCUGAGGUGUACAUCCGAGCCCAUACAACAAAGGAUAACAAAGUGCAGUUUCCAGAAACCUUUGAAAAAAUAAAAUCGAUUCAAAGUAGUAAUCCCACAUCUCAGAUGACCAGUGUAGAUGAUGCCCUUAUACAGUCAAUUGGGAGUGAUAGUAGAGGGUGCAUACGGGGGAUAGGUGGAAAUGUAGGCAAGAUUACAUUGAAGAAGACAAUGCCUAUUAUACAUAAGCUCGGUGUGGUGUCGCGGGAACGAGAUAAUUUGGUAGAUAAAUUAGAUGAAAUGCAGAAAAGCCUAGGAGAUCUCCACCAGAAGUUUCAAUGCUUUGUAGAUAAGCAAGGGGAACAAAGGGAUGUGGCUCCACCAACAAUUCCUCCAUUUAAAUCUAGUCAUGCAUCAUUGCCUGAUUUGGUAAAUCUUGGCAAGAGAUGCGAUCUUUGUGAUUGGAAGAAACGGGUAAUUGCUCGUGGUGAGGUGCAUGCAGUGGAUCCAAAAACCCGUGUCCAUGGAGCAGAAAUGGGCGAUGGAAAUUUUAGUGUCGUCCUGAGGGAGAUUAUAGCUCCGCAAUCAGAGCUAUGGAAGGAAGAUGGUUAUCAUGAUACGCUUGGAGAGGUCGGUGUAGGAGGAUUUGUCGUAUGGCCCAAGCUAUUUCUAACCAUCUAUCCGUGAUGUUUAUGAAUAUUAGACAUUACAAUAACUAACACAAUUAACUUUUGUUUUUAAACUAUACAGUAACAUAGACAGAUGCAUGCAUAUUAUGGAAUCGAAUGAAUUUAACACUCACUUCAGAUUA